AUGUUCUCCAAAUCACUUCUCACCGUCGCAACUGCGGUAUUGUCGUGGCAGCCAACUCUGGCCCAGACAUUCUCAGCAUGUAAUCCUUUAUAUACCACCGGGUGUCCAGCGAAUACUGCACUUGGAAAGGCGAUAAAUGUCGACUUUACAAAGGGCUCAGUGGAGUCUUUUACAGCCUCUGGAAACCCAACAUACGAUUCGAGCGGCGCACAUUUCACAGUAGCCAAGGCCGGCGAUGCACCACAACUUACCAGUCUAUUCUACAUCAUGUUUGGAAAGGUGUCAAUCACAAUGAAAUCCGCUCCCGGUGCCGGUAUCGUCAGUACCUUGGUUUUGCAAUCCGACACCCUGGACGAGAUCGACAUGGAGUGGUUGGGAGCAGACGACACGGAAGUACAGACCAAUUACUUUGGAAAAGGAGAUGUUACAACAUACAAUCGUGGUGCAUUCAACCCUGCGGCGAACAACCAAGGCCAAUUCAUCACCUACGAUAUCGAAUGGACACAAUCACAAAUUACUUGGUCUGUAGGAGGAAAGGUUGUCCGAGUACUGACCCCAGCCACCGCCGAUGCCAACCAAUAUCCACAAUCGCCAAUGCAAGUCAAGUUUGGAGCGUGGUCUGGCGGUGACGCUGCAACUAAUGCGCCGGGAACUAUCUCUUGGGCUCGUGGACCGACUGAUUGGUCUAAGGGACCAUUUGUCAUGACCGUGUCAUCAAUUGCUGUCACGGAUUAUUCUACCGGAACCCAAUACAAGUAUGGCGAUACUAGUGGAUCAUGGGAGUCAAUUCAAGCUGUUGGUGGAAAAGUAAAUGGCAAUGCAGGAGGUGCAGGAACUGUCGUAUCAAGUGCCGAUGUUCCAGCCAUUACAUCUGCCUCUCCCUCUAUUCCCGCCGGACUUGGAAGUAAUACUCAUACCGAUACCGCGCAUCAAACUGGAUGGCCAUGGGUCGGAACGUCUACUUUCGUAACAGCAACGACUGUUCCUACCGCCGUCGGAUUACCUAGUGGAUGGAUUAUCACCUCAUCUGGAAAAGUUGUGCCUGCAAAUUCUGCAGCAGUCUUGCCAACAUCAACUUCUAUCUCUUUAGUGGUCCCCUCGCCAUCGCCAUCCUCAGCCUUAUUGGGCGCUGGCCUUGAAACGGUUGUGGGCUGGGAUGACCGCGGAUUCGCAACUACUAGAACCAUUGCUUCGGGUUUUGCCACUGUCCCAGUGAGCUACAACCAACAAGGUUUUCCAAUCACAGCCUCACCAGCUGCACCUGCAACAGUCACGCCUGUAGCACAGGCCGCACAGCUAUCUUGUGCAAACCCUCCAUGUACCCAGCUCAAAGCUUUAAGUACAGCCAUUACCACGACUACAUCUACCGGAGCAGGCGCCAAACCUACUUCCGCGUGGUCGAAUAUAGCGGUCUUCGGGAUUGCUGUUUUCGUGGCAGCGGAGAGAAUCCUUCAAUGA